AUGGCACACUUAUAUCUUGAAGAAAUAUCUUCAUAUCAGGUACGCAAUAUAGCAAGAAACGGAGUAUGGGAUAUGACCAGUCGAAUAGCAAGGAAAAAACUUAGGGUGGAGAAAAAGAUGGCAAGGACCAUCGCGGGUAUGAUACUGGUGUACGUUUUUGCAUGGUCUCCCUAUGCCAUCGUGUCCUUCUGGACAUGUUUUAGCGCCCCAGAAAGUGUCCCAGCAAUUGUAACAGGAUUCCCGCCCAUAAUAGCUAAGUGUAGCGCAGCUCUCAACCCCAUCGUAUACAUCGCAACGAACAAGCAGUUCCGAAUGGCCUUUUACGAGUUCCUUCCUUCGGGAUUAAAGAGUACGAUGAUCAAGAAAGAGGAAGACGCCAUGCGAUCCUCUUCCGAUUCAGACGAUACAAAAAAGAAGGAAGCGAGAAAAGCUACCCAAGUAGCCCCUGUGGACGAUGGGGCGUCACAGGGAGAGAAAACCGCAGUAGAGGAUCUAUCUCCACCGCCAUCACAGGCGGUUGCCAACGCCUAGACUAGCCUACCAGAGACUGUUCACCGAUAACGAGUCCAACAGAAAAGGAAGAACGAUUGAAAACAAUCGAUGUUUUGGCUAGUAUUCCAUUGCUACAAAUUGUAUGUUGGUAAAUCGGUUCGGCGGCAAGUCUAAAGUCAAGGUGACGUCACAUAAAAAUAUAUUGGUUUUAGAAAACUGUACAUAUGCUAAUGGACGUACGUUGGCUAGGAACACUACAUGAUACAGUGGUGCCUCGCGAGAACAGGGGAUAUCGUCAUGGUAGGGUGAUGCUACGUGAAACAGGUGAUAACGUCAUGACACAGUGGUGCCUCGUGAGAACAGGUCAUAUCGUCAUGACACAGUGGUGCCUCGUGAGAACAGGUGAUAUCGCUAUGACACAGUGGUGCCUCGCGAGAACACGUGAUAUCGUCAUGGUAGUCUAGUGCCAGUGAGAAUAGGUGAUAUCAUCAUUGUAGGGUGGUACAACAUGAGAACAGGUGAUAUCAUCAUGACAUAAUGGUGCCACAUUAGAAUAGGUGAUAUCGUUGUUGUAAAGAGGUGCCACGUGAGAACAGGUGAUAUCAUCAUGACAUAAUGGUGCCACGAUAUCGUUAUUGUAGGGUGGUACCACGUGAAAACAGGUGAUAACAUCAUGACAUAAAGGUGCCACGAUAUCGUUAUUGUAGGGUGGUACCACGUUAGAACAGGUGAUAUCGUCAUGACAUAUUGGUGUCACGUAGGAAUAGGUGACAUCGUCAUUGCAGGGUGGUACCACGUGAGAACAGGUGAUAACAUCAUGACAUAAAGGUGCCACGAUAUCGUUAUUGUAGGGUGGUACCACGUUAGAACAGGUGAUAUCCUCAUGACAUAUUGAUGUCAUGUAGGAUAGAUGAUAUCGUCAUUGCAGGGUGGUACCACGUUAGGAUAGGUGAUAUCGUCAUUGCAGGGUGGUACCACGUGAGAACAGGUGAUAACAUCAUGACAUAAAGGUGCCACGUUAGAAUAGGUGAUAUCAUCAUUGUAGGGUGGUACAACAUGGGAACAGGUGAUAUCAUCAUGACAUAAUGGUGCCACGUUAGAAUAGGUGAUAUCGUUAUUGUAGGGUGGUACCACGUGAGAACAGGUGAUAUCAUCAUGACAUAAUUGUGCCACGUUAGAAUAGGUGAUAUCGUCAUUGUUAAAGGGUGCCACGUGAGAACAGGUGAUAUCAUCAUGACAUAAUUGUGCCACGUUAGAAUAGGUGAUAUCAUCAUGACAUAAUGGUGGUAACACGUGAGAACAGGUGAUAUCAUCAUGACAUAAUGGUGCCACGUUAGAAAAGAUGAUAUCGUCAUUGCAGGGUGGUACCACGUGAAACAGGUGAUAUCAUCAUGGUAGGGUGGUGCUACGUGAAAGAGGUGAUAACGUCAUGACACAGUGGUGCCUCUUGAGAACACGUGAAAUCGUCAUGACACAGUGGUGCCUCUUAAGAACACGUGAUAUUGUCAUGGUAGUCUAGUGCCAGUGAGAAUAGGUGAUAUCGUCAUUAUAGGGUGGUACAAUGUGAGAACAGGUGAUAUCAUCAUGACAUAAUUGUGCCACGUUAGAAUAUAUGAAAUCGUCAUUGUAGGGUGGUGCCGCGUCAGAACAGGUGAUAUCAUGAUAUAUUGGUGCCACGUUAGAAUAGGUGAUAUCGUCAUUGCAGAGUGGUAACACGUGAGAACAGGUCAUAUCAUCAUGACAUAUUAUGCCACGUUAGAAUAGGGGAUUACGUUAUUGUAGGGUGGUUACACGUGAAAACAUGUGAUAUCAUCAUGAGAUAAUGGUACCCCGUUAGAAUAGGUGAUAUCGUCAUUGUAGGGUGGUGCCGCGUGAGAACAUGUUAUAUCGUCAUGGUAGAUUGGUGCCACGUUAGAAUAGGUGAUAUCGUCAUUGCAUGGUGGUAACACGUGAGAACAGGUGAUAUCAUUAUGACAUAAUGGUACAUCAUUAGAAUAGGUGAUAUCGUUGUUGUAUAAAGGUGCCACGUGAGAACAGGUGAUAUCAUCAUGACAUAAAGGUGCCACGAUAUCGUUAUUGUAGGGUGGUACCACGUUAGAACAGGUGAUAUCCUCAUGACAUAUUGGUGCAACGUUAGGAUAGGUGAUAUCGUCAUUGUAGGAUGGUACAAUGUGAGAACAGGUGAUAUCAUCAUGACAUAAUUGUGCCACGUUAGAAUAUAUGAAAUCGUCAUUGUUGGGUGGUGCCGCGUCAGAACAGGUGAUAUCAUCAUGAUAUAUUGGUGCCACGUUAGAAUAUAUGAAAUCGUCAUGGUAGGGUGGUACCACGUUAGAACAGGUGAUAUCCUCAUGACAUAUUGGUGCCACGUUAGGAUAGGUGAUAUCGUCAUUGCAGGGUGGUACCACGUGAAAACAGGUGAUAUCGUCAUGGUAGAGUGGUGCCAGGUGAGAACAAUUGAUAUCGUCAUGGUAGAGUGGUGCUAGGUGAGAACAAUUGAUAUCAUCAGGGUAGAGUGGUGCCACGUGAGAACAGUUGAUAUAUUCAUGGUAGAGUGGUGCCAAGUAAUAACAAUUGAUAUCGUCAUGGUAGAAUGGUGCCAGGUGAGAACAAUUGAUAUCGUCAUGGUAUAGUGGUGCCAGGUGAGAACAGUUGAUAAAGUCAUGAUACAUUGGUGUCAUGUGAAACAAGUGAUAUCGUUAUUGAUGCGUGCGUUGAAUAAAAUUAUGCUUGAUUUUAAAUAUGUAUGUAUAUGACAUUGUUACAUGAACAUUCCCGUUAUUAUAAAAAGAAAUUUAAAGGUCAACUUCAUAUAUGUUGUAAUUAAAAAUGAUAUACUGUACAAAUAUCAAUUUACUGUGAUGGUAACGUUUUUGAAAUGUCUGGUAGGAAUGGUUAUUCAAUGCUGUGUAAGAAGGGGUGAGUUCUUGUUGCGACGUAAAACACUGUACCGGGGAUGUUUUAGGACUGAAAACACAUGUCUCUUCAGGGCUAAAGAACCCAUAGACGUUGUCCUUGAUUACAAUCACUCUACUUGUAGUCACUGGUUGGCUGAUAUAAUUAUCCUUGCAAUCUCUUGGUUGUUGAUCGAUCCACACAUGUAGUUCCUUGUGACUGACAAAGACCUGUUACAGUUAUACCAUACGUCCUCCGCAUACAAAAGGGUGUCAACAUGACAGUAUUACAUGACAUAUGUAAGGGCAGUCUCUACACAGCCAUGUUUGUCGUGCCAACACCAUUCACUGAAUGUGGACGUUUUUUUAUAUCAUUACUCUCACGACGGGAAAAGGGGUAGAUAGGGAGAGCUGAAUCGAUGAGUCUUUGUUUCCUUUUGUAUUUAUGAAUUACCGCUGGUGGGUUUUAUUGUUGUAGUGUUUAUUUCAGUUAUCUAUGCAGCGUAUCUCUCCCUUUGAUAAGUAGGUCCCGUGGUUUCCGAUGUUCGUUGUUUGGAGGACCAAAAUGCGAUCGACUAACUUUCCCAUCUUCCGUGAGUGUAUAGCUUUGGUAUAUCCACACACCUUUUGGCGUUUGUUAAAUACAUUUAGAAACAAAUUCACAGACAAAUAUUUCGUUAAUGUUUAGACACUUGACUUAUUUUCGAGUAUUUAAGUAGAUCAGCAAUAUGCAACCUGUAAUGUAUUUUGUUAAGUUCAAUGCGUAAGUUUAUGUUUCAUUCAGAGUUACAAUUAGGGUUAUUCGGGUAUGGAUGAUGCUUUUCCUCAAGCAUCAGGAAGCCUAGGGUCUUGAUAUUUUGUCAUUUAUUAGCCCAGAUGAUGUGCUAUAGAGGAUAUUGAAUAGUAUUGAUAUUUACUUACAUUCAUUGUAACAGGGUUCAAAAGUAAAAAGAAAAAUCUAUAUCUUUCUGUAGUAGUUUAACAUUAGUAAUCGGGCUUUUGUUAUGCUGUGUACAAUAGAAACGCCUAACUUUCUACUUCUUCUUGUAUUAAGAUUAAUAUCAAAUCAAUCAUUCCGACAGGUUCAUAGUUCAUCAUAGGGUAUUCGGGUGAGGGUAUCUGAAUAUUACUUAACAAGCACCAGAAGGGUAGGUUUACGAUACUUGGUCUGUCUCUAGCCCAACACUUAGCUAUCUAGUUACCGAAAAGUAAUGGCAUUGCCCUUCAUUAAAGGUCAUAUGGGCAAAGGUUUAAAACACGAUGAAAUACCUAAAUUGUUAAAAACAUCUAGAACUACAGAACAAAUGGAAAGUGUCUAAUAUACCCAUUCUAACGCUUCAAAUUUACAACAAUAGAUUAUUUACUCUCAAACUAAUACUUCUAGUUAACCACGCCUUUCAUGUAAGCCGUGCUACAAUGAAAUUUCAGCAACAAGAUAAAAACUCGAAGAAUGAAGAAAGAUUGGCAAAGCUCAACGUUUACAACCAUUGUAUCUCAGGUCAAAAGUUGAUUUUGAGGUUCUGGGGUUAAAAUCGUCAUAAAAUAUCCGUUAUGAAAUUUGAAAGCGAUUCUGCUCGACCAAAACCAACCGUUAGAUUUUGAUAUUUUUUAUGUGAAAAGUCCAAUGUGGGCUUUAAAACUGAAGAUAAUGCUUACAAGCUCCUCAUACGAUAUUUAUUUUUCUCUUGUUGUCGUUCUGUCUAGAAGAAAAGCUUCAAUAACAAAUAAUUAUAAAAGUUAUAAUCAGACUUAAAAACCAAGUAUAAGAACAAGUUUGCUUUAAGUAACUUAUAUAAAAGUUAUCGGUUUAAGGUGUUAUAUAAAUGUUGUCAAUUAUAGGUCAACUUUCAAAGUUACAUUUUGACGUUUAUGAAGAAAAAAAAUCGGUGACGCAUUGCCUGCACAUUCAUAAGUUUUCUUCGCUAAUCCAUGGGUCAAAUUUAUGAUACAACUCAAUAAAGGUAAGCGUGGAUACAUUGAAACAAGCGAACGUUAUUUCGUUAAAACAAAGAAAAAGUUAGAUACGUUAAUGGUUUUCUUGGAAAAUCUGGCAAGCGAAGGAAAUAGGGUAAGUGUAAGUAAUAUCCACCUUACAUAUGAACAUAAAUGAAAUUAGACUAGAUUGAAACAACACGUAAGGUAGAUUAAGGAUUGUCGUUCUGUCAGGAACGUUUCAGAGAGUGUGUCAUUAGACUAGAUUGUAAUAACACGUAAGGUAGAUUAAGGGUUGUCGUUCUGUCUGGAACGUUUCAAAGAGUGUCAUUAGACUAGAUUGUAAUAACACGUAAGGUAGAUUAAGGGUUGUCGUUCUGUCUGGAAC